AUGAAGUCAGUUUCAAGGGAGGAAGCUAGCACUCGAGAACGUCGAAGCUACACGUAUGGAGCACAAGGUUCUGGUGGUGGUGGCGCACCUGCGUGCCGCCACCGGUUGACAGCAGCUCGGCUGAAAAUUUCAUGGCCAGCGUAUCGAGCGACACACGCGCGCUGGGGCCGCGCAGUCGCGCCGCGCCGCCCGCCCGAGCGCCUCGCACGCUCGCCUCCACGCCGACACUCGCUCCGUGACAACCUUGCCGUGCCGACCCCGGCUCACAACAAUAACACGCGCGACCUCUAUCACUACCGACUCCACACGGAGCGCCGGGUCCUCCAGUGCCGGUGCAGUGCAGUGGUCGUGCCACGUGACCAGCUCCUGGGCCCUACGGCCGACAUGUGA